AUGGCGCCGGUGGGCGGGGGCGGGCGCCCGGGCGGCGGGCCGGCCCGAGGGCGCCUCCUCCUGGCGGCGCUGGUGCUGCCGGUGCUGCUGUGGGCGCGGGGGGCCCGGGGCCAGGGCACCCCGCAGCGGGGCGCGAUCCUGGGCAUGAGGCUGGCGAGCUGCAACAAGUCGUGUGGGAUGAACCCGGAUGGCAUCAUCUUCGUGUCCGAGGGCAGCACGGUGAACCUGAGGCUGUACGGCCAGCGCCUGGGCGACAUCUCCAGCAACCUGAUCUCCUUCACCGAGGUGGACGACGCCGAGAGCGCCCACAACUCCACCAACUGCCUAGAGCUCACCAAGGACCUGGUCGUCCAAAAGCUGGUCAACUUGAGCCGCGAGAACACGUCCGGGAUGCUGGUGGUGCUCACCAAGUUCCUCCGCCGGAGCGAGAACGUCAAGCUGUAUGCGCUGUGCACCCGGGCCCGCGCCGACGAGCCCUGGGUCAAGUGGACGGACAAGGACUCGCUGCUCUUCAUGGUGGAGGAGACUGGGAGGUUCCUGCCCCUCUGGCUGCACAUCCUGCUGAUUACGGUGCUGCUCGUGCUGUCGGGUAUAUUUUCGGGCCUCAACCUGGGGCUGAUGGCCCUGGAUCCCAUGGAGUUGCGCAUCGUGCAGAACUGUGGCACGGAUAAGGAAAAGCGCUACGCACGCAAGAUUCUGCCCAUCCGGUGCAAGGGCAACUACCUGCUGUGCUCGCUGCUCCUGGGGAACGUCCUGGUCAACACGUCCCUCACCAUCCUCCUAGACAACCUCAUUGGGUCCGGCAUCAUGGCCGUGGCCUCCUCCACCAUCGGCAUCGUCAUCUUUGGGGAGAUCGUCCCUCAGGCCCUGUGCUCACGCCACGGGCUGGCCGUGGGUGCCAACACCAUCGUGCUCACCAAGUUCUUCAUGCUGCUCACCUUCCCGCUCAGUUUCCCCAUCAGCAAGCUCCUGGACUUCUUUCUGGGCCAGGAGAUACGCACCGUUUACAACCGGGAGAAGCUGAUGGAGAUGUUGAAGGUGACCGAGCCCUAUAACGACCUCGUAAAAGAGGAGCUCAAUAUGAUCCAGGGAGCCCUGGAGCUGCGGACCAAGACCGUGGAGGACAUCAUGACGCAGCUGCAGGACUGCUUCAUGAUCCGCAGCGACGCCAUCCUGGACUUCAACACCAUGUCCGAGAUCAUGGAGAGCGGCUACACCCGCAUCCCCGUGUUCGAAGACGAGCAGUCCAACAUCGUCGAUAUUCUCUACGUCAAGGACUUGGCCUUUGUGGACCCCGACGAUUGCACCCCGCUGAAGACCAUCACCCGCUUCUACAACCACCCGGUGCACUUUGUCUUCCACGACACCAAGCUGGAUGCCAUGCUGGAAGAGUUCAAGAAGGGGAAGUCCCACCUGGCCAUUGUGCAGAAGGUGAACAACGAGGGGGAGGGGGACCCCUUCUACGAGGUCCUGGGCCUGGUCACCCUGGAGGACGUCAUCGAGGAGAUCAUCAAGUCCGAGAUCCUGGACGAGUCGGACAUGUACACUGACAACCGGAGCCGGAAACGAGUGUCUGAGAAGAACAAGCGUGACUUCUCAGCCUUCAAGGAUGCUGACAACGAACUCAAAGUGAAAAUCUCGCCCCAGCUCCUCCUGGCCGCUCAUCGCUUCCUGGCCACGGAGGUCCCCCUGUUCAGCCCCUCUCUCAUAUCGGAGAAGAUCCUGCUGCGGCUGCUCAAGUACCCAGACGUCAUUCAGGAGCUCAAGUUUGACGAGCACAACAAGUACUACGUCCGCCACUACCUGUACACCCGAAAUAAGCCCGCCGACUACUUCAUCCUCAUCCUGCAGGGGAAGGUGGAGGUGGAGGCAGGGAAGGAGAACAUGAAGUUUGAGACGGGUGCCUUCUCCUACUAUGGGACCAUGGCCUUGACCUCGGUCCCCCCUGACCGCUCCCCGGCCCACCCCAUGCCCCUUAGCCGCUCGGCAUCUCUCAGUUACCCGGACCGCACAGAUGUUGCGACCACAGCUACGACCCCCUUGGCGGGCAGCAGCAACCAGUUCGGUAGCUCCGUCCUGGGCCAGUACAUCUCUGACUUCAGCGUGCGGGCGCUGAUGGACCUGCAGUACAUUAAGAUCACGAGGCAGCAGUACCAGAACGGGCUGCUGGCCUCGCGCAUGGAGAACAGCCCUCAGUUCCCCAUGGACGGGUGCACCACCUGCAUGGACAGCCCUGCCGAGAAAUGCGAGCUGCCCGUGGUAGACGAGACGACGACGCUCCUCAACGAGCGCAACUCCUUGCUGCACAAAGGCUCCCACGAGAGCGUCAUCUGACAGGAGGGCCCGGGGCCCCCCGCCCACCCUGCGGGGGCCUCCCCAGUGGGCCUGCAUCAAGAGAGGGAGCCUGUACAGCCAGAAGGGUAGACGGCCAUGGCCCAGCCAGCUGAGCAGCCAGAUGGCCCCUGCGUGGGCAUUUGGCCUCUCUGGGGGCCUCCGACCAGCUCGGAGAUGGCCGUGGCUACCUGGCCUGGACUGGUGGGACAAUGGGCUGGCUACCUUGAGCAAAGGCAAUUUUUUACUGAAAGAAUUUCUAAAUGGGACUUACUGCUCCUCUUUUUAAGUAUCAUUUUGGGAAGGGAAGACAGGGUUAAGGAACUUUAUUUAAAAAAAAAAUACAAACUUUUUUUUUUUCCGGAGGGGGAGGGUAUCUCACCCCGGGAAGCAAUAGCCAUAAUGUGCUCCCAGCCGUGACCUUCCAGCUUCUGUCCCUGACUCAGGAAGCCCACCCUCCCUUUCCUGCACCUGCUUCACCUCUGCCGCCGCCUCCAGCUGCAGAGGUGGGACCCCAGAGCCUGCUGGGGGCGAGUUGUCUCUCGGGAAGAAGGCGGCUGUCCCCAGGAAGCAGAGCACCAUGUGGUGUUGACAUCAGUGGUGUGGACAUGUGCACUGAGGCUGGUCUGAAGUCGCCAAGGCCGAGGGCUGCUGGAUAACUGUGAUCAGGGACACGAUUAUCUAGCUACAGAGAAGAGCACACGUACUCCCAUCAACCGCUGGACCCAGGAGCCUCCCCGGCGCUCCCGGUGAGUCGGGGCUCAGCCAAGGACUCUCCCCUGCCUCCCAUCUGCCCUGGGGACAAUGUCCUCCUGGUCCUGGGGCUGACUCAGAGCAUCAGGUAGGGCCCCAGGCCUGUCUGAUUGCUGCCCUGCCCUCACUCGUACCAAAGGUUGCCCCCUCCGUGGGGUUGGCAUCUUCUACGUCGGACGUGACUUGUCAGGGUAACUCUGGCGUCUGUGUUGUUAGCAGCUAAUCCCACCGCCACCUCACAAGGAGAGUCAAGGCUCAACUGUCGCCAUGAAGCCCUUUCCGGAACUCCCUGUUUCUAAUCCCCAAACCUCAUUCCUCCUGGGGGUUGGGGACAAGAGGACAUGGUGGAAGCCACUGAGCAAGUUCUAAUUGCCCUUUCUUCUGCGGCUGCCCAAGGCUCACCUGACCUUGUUCACCCACCUUUGGAAACCCAGGAAAAGAGAGUUCUGCUAAAGGCAUGCAACUGACGGCCCCCCUGUCCCGUGCCUGCGAGAUCCUUGGGCAAAGUCACACGGGCCUGGGCUGCGGCCAGUGGUCCUGGACGGAACGCGCCAUCCAUGGGAAAGCCUUCUCGGCGCCUUUUCCCUGGGCUGACCUGACCCUGCCACAGAACUCCAGGCUUCCGCUGGGGAGGCUGUGGGACCAAGGGCUGUGACGGCCCUUCUGUCAGGUGGGACAGAAGCUGGGGCCUUGAGAUCUAGGUAAAGGAGACCGCAGGCCUGCCGCCUGAGUGUUCACGCACUCCUGUCUGAGUCAACGGAGCCUUGUCACCCCCAGUGCUCUGCUUUCCAGGCGCCUGCCCCUGGCCAGUCUGCGUGCUUCCUCAGUCACAGAAUUUACUCCUAAAAGCCUGAACGGUAGGUGGUGACACCCAUGGGUUCUCAUUCAUCCAUAAGGAAAAAAAGACAUGGGACCUCUGGUCCCUGUUAGGGAAACCUCUUUGUUUUCUGCAGGAGCAGCUCGCUCCCGAGUCUUUAUAAGAGCAGAGCCAUGUUCCUGAGUGACCCGUGUGCAGGCACAGCAAAACGCAUCGGCCCCACCCGAGUGGGUGUGCGUGCAGCAAAAGGAGCAGGUGUACGCACCUCCACAGCUACCUCUGUGCACACACAGUUUCUACCAACAGUUGGUCCUUCCCCCGUUCCUUCCCCGUCAUAAUCACUUCUUGCAGAGGGUCAUAAUUAUUUCCAAAUAUUACUGGUCCGAUGACUUCCUCCUCCCAGUGCAAUUUUUCACUUCCUAUUCCAACCUCUGGUUCUUGGGCUGAGCCAUACCCUGGACCUGGCCCACCCUGCUUGUCUUCCUUGUUAGGGAGACCUUUGCAACUGGCAUCCAAAUGGGUAGGCAAGUCACAGCCACCGUAGCAAGUAACUCCUAUUUAUUUUGCGUAAGAUUUUAAUUUGUAUAUUUUUGUGAUUUAUUUUGGCAUUGUUAUGAGUUUGACUCUCGGGGAGUUUUGUUGUUAUGACUCUUGUGUCUUUUGUCACAAAACAAUGAUAAUAUUUGCUAAACAAUAUAUGGAAUUUAUUUUUGAUUGGUAAUA